UCAGCCAGCACAGAAGCCUUUGCAAACGCCAGCCUACAUGGCGUCGCAAACAUCACCAACAUCACGAACAUCCCCAACAUCCCCAACAUCCCCAACAUCCCCAACAACACCUAUUUCCCGUACUAUCAACACUCUCUCUAUGUGGCCGCGAGCUACAUCCUGGCCUACUUCUUCAUCUUCCUGCUGUGCAUGGUGGGAAACCUCUUGGUGUGUUUGAUCGUGUUUGAAAACCGUUGUAUGCGCACGGUCACCAAUCUCUUCAUCCUCAAUCUGGCAAUCAGUGACCUGUUGGUGGGCAUCUUCUGCAUCCCUACAACCCUGGUGGACAACCUCAUCACAGGUUGGCCUUUUUCCAACUGUGUGUGUAAGAUGAGCGGCUUUGUGCAAGGAGUGUCUGUUUCUGCUUCAGUCUUCACUCUGGUGGCCAUAGCUGUUGAGAGGUUUCGGUGUGUAGUGUACCCUCUACAGCCCAAGCCCACUGUUCUGAUUGCGAAGGGGGCCAUCGUGUUUAUCUGGACGCUAGCAGUGGUUAUCAUGUGUCCUGCUGCUGUGGCUCUGACUGUGGAUAAAGUUCCUUUCCACUACAUGGUGCACAAUAAUGACUUCAACCAAACGGUCCCCCUGUACUCCUGCUACGAGAACUUUGCCAUCCCUCAGAUGAGAAAGGUUUACACAGCGGUUCUGUUUGCUCUUAUCUACCUGGUGCCGCUCACCGUCAUCAUGCUCAUGUACGGGAGUAUCGGAUGCAAGUUGGGGUCUUCUGUGAUUGCAAGAGCUGGCCAGCCAUUGAUCUCCCAGAAAAAGAUCAAGGUGAUAAAGAUGCUUAUCUUGGUGGCUCUGCUCUUCAUGCUGUCCUGGCUGCCGCUGUGGACCCUCAUGAUGAUGACUGACUACGCAGGCUUCGACCGGGACCAGGUGGAACUUCUGAACAGCUACAUCUUUCCCUUCGCCCACUGGCUGGCUUUCUCCAACUCCAGCGUCAACCCUAUCAUCUACGGCUACUACAACGAGAACUUUAAGAAGGGUUUCCAGGCCGUUUGCAAGUCUCGACCCUUCUGUUGCCUCAUGCAGUGCCAGCUGUGGAGCAGGGUGGUCAGAUGGGGGAGGAAAGACCAGUCUGUGCAAGCACCUGGUAGAGAGUGUGAUUUCAGAGAUGCCACUAGCAGUCACAAUCGUCUAGUCUUGGGAGUGAGGAAUCGAGUCCAUAACGUCAACCAGCUGACUGAAUCAGCCGAGGUGGAUAAGAGUCUAAAGGUAGGGUCUGUGGUGGUCCACUCAGAGAGAAGUCUUUCAGAUCGAGGGUUAGAAAUGGCGGCUGUACAAAAUAAAGGAAGCAAUAGCGAGGAGUCAGAGGGGGCAAGUCCACAAGCAGCUUCAGUGUAUCAGGCGUGGGACAUCUGA